AAAUUACAGUUUACUUUAUGGACAAAAACUAGGAGAGAAAAGAACUCUACUGAUGAUACUCUACGAAAGUCUUCUGUAUGAAGUCAUUGAAGUUGAAGAACCCUACACAAAAACUAGGACAAAAAACAACUCUACUAAUGAUUGUGAAAAGAAGAUGGACCUGGUUUGGACCCAAAUUGAGAAAAGAGUACCUUUACAUGAAGUCAUUGAAGGAAAAAUAGAGGUAUGAUGAAGAAGAUUGCAGAUGACGAAGGACUUACGCCAAAAAAAGGAAGAGAAUUGAAAGCAGAAGCACUGAAGAAGAAGUUUAAGAAUUAAAAGGCAAGAAUCAAGUGCAACCACACCCCUGUCCAAUAAAUCAUCACCUGUAAACCAUUCGACAACACCAAACAUAAAUGCAACAAAUUCGACCAACGCCACAAGUUCCAGCAACAAUUCAUCUACUGCCGGAGGCACCAACAACAACAACUCAACGUCAGCCUCGAACACGAACAACAGUUCCUCGGUGCAGGUCCAGGACGGAGGCGAUAACCAGACGAGUAGUACUACAAAUAAUGGAGACACCAAGGCGUCCAGCCAAGAUUUUGGAGUUGGUGGGAUGUAUGGACAACACAGUGAUGGAACAAUUAGCCGAACUCGAAGCUGCCUUUGCAAAAUCUCACUACCCAGAUAUAUAUUGCAGGGAGGAAUUAGCACGGACAACAAAAUUGAAUGAGGCCAGGAUACAGGUGUGGUUUCAAAAUCGUCGAGCAAAAUAUCGCAAACAAGAAAAGCAGCUUCAAAAGGCGCUGACUCCUUGCGGCAACUUGCUGUUAAACCAUCACCACCAGCAAAUCAAUAAUUCGAGCAUUAUCAAUAAUGCAAAUAGCAAUUUGCUGAGGAAUUCGGUUAAUAACAUAACUGCUAUGAGCAACUAUCAUAUGCGAGGAUAUCAGCCUUAUCACCAUGUGAUGAAUAACGUUAACCGAUAUCCCCAGAAUUGUGAUGUGUUUUCACUGAGUGGUGGUGCAUAUACGUCGCAGGCUUUUGGAGGCACGUCCGCCGCCGGCAUGACCGCCAUGAGGCAGGAUUCGAUGGAUCUGGAUAUGCAAUUUUCUAAUACCCAUACAUGGAAUCGAACAAGAGCCUCCUGGGAAAAAGACAGAAUUGAUGUGAACAGUAUUUUACAUGUGAGCUAA